AUGCCAAAGGUACCCAAGACUCGCCGCCAACCUCGCCGAGGUCCAAUCCGGGUUGCGGCCCCCCUAUCGCCGCCAGCAAGCCAGAAUAUAAAUAGAACAAUUUCGAAUACAUCUGAUACCGCUGCCGGUUCUCUGCCAGUUUCAUCUGCGGCACAAGCUAUAGACCAUGAGGAUGGUGAAGGUGCAAGACUCCUCAAGCAAGCAGAGACACUUGCAACCAUGAGUGUUGAAGUGAAUCUCCGCGCUCUCUCGACACUUGCGUACAAACUUCAAGAUGAUGUCAAAAGACUCGUGCUUCGUACUUCCGACGAUCAAAACUUCCGACGUGAGAACGAAGAAAGACUAACCAGAAUAAUGUACGAAGUACAAACCGUCAAGUCGUUCAUGGCUCCUCUACAAGGCCUACCACCAGCCACCCGAGCCGACAUCGAUAGGUUACAGCAGGAGAUGAGAGAAACUUCUACCAAGUGGCACAAGCAAAUCGAAGAUGUGGAAGUCAAACUGGAUGCGCUAUCGGAGGGAAUGAAGCAGCCCCCCAAGCCAGUUGUUACGAAGGCAGUCGGUCCAGAACCGAUUACACCUGAUACUACUGGCAAAGAGACACGUGCGAUGCAGAGAGCAAAGGCAGAGCUUCAGCCAAGUAUCCAAAAGCAACAAACUUCCUCUCGUUCGUCAACUCCCGAGUCACGCAUUCAAGACGCUAUCGACUCUACAAAACGGUGGAAUCGCGAGCAUAAGACUACGAAGUUGAGAGACGGCCACUUUAUCCUUUCUUAUUUCAGGAAGCAGAAACAAAGAGACGCCGAGCUAGCCGGAAUACUCCAACGGACACUUCAAAGACGGGUGACAAACAAGGUCAAAUCUAGAUUUGAUCCUCAAAGUCUAGAAGAGCUCAGCCAGCAUGCUUUAUGGGCAGAUAUCAUAGAUAUGGCAACGGAAGUUCUGGUUGUCAACAAGUUAAAGACUGCGCAGUUACUGAGUCGAUCAUGA